AUGGCAGAUACGGGCCCCAGGAAAGGCCCUUCAAUACCGGCCUGGCAACAAAAGUCGGCCACGGAUGCGCAGCAGCCCAGCGGCUCCAAUCAAGAGACAGACGACUCUACCUCAUCCUCGACUUCGUCAGAUCUACCUGUCGUCGAACAAGCCCGCAAAUUCCUCGAAGACGACUCAAUCCGAGAUGCCCCCCGAGAGCGCAAAGUCGCCUUUCUAGAACAGAAAGGCUUGACCUCAGAUCAAAUAGAACAACUUCUCUCGUCGGACCAGAAAGGGUCAUCCCUCGAGGAUUCUGUCGACCCGUCAUCCAGCGAGAUCAAGACAGUCCACGACACGACACAACCUACCACACCACACUCCGACACCACCACGGCGUCUACCACUCCCUCGCCCUCUUCAAAUAGCGCUGCGGCGUCCUCGUCUUCGAAACGCGACGUGCCACCUAUAAUAACAUAUCCCGAGUUUCUUCUCCAACCCCAGAAGCCUCCUCCGCUGGUGACAUUCUCGCGGCUCGCCAAUGCAGCCUACGGCUUCGCGGGGCUCGCAACGCUCACAUACGCGGCCUCGACAUACAUAGUCGAGCCGAUGCUGGAGACGCUGACUUCUGCGCGCCACGACCUGGCCUCGACGGCCCUCGCCGACCUGGCCCAACUGAACGCCAAACUCGAGUCGACCGUGUCGCACGUACCGUACAUCCCUCCUCUUCAUGCCGCCACCACCACCACCACCACCUCCUCCUCCUCGAAGCUCAAAUCCUCGUCAGACGCCAUGUCUGAUGUCUCCUACUCCGACUCUGACCCGACGGAGCUCUUCCACCGAGACAUCGCGACGCAGACGUCGCCGCCCCGCUCGCGCUCCCCGUCCUUCACAUCCCACCCAUACGACCAUCACAGCCUGUCCGCCCAAGACCCGACCGCAAGCCAGUCGACGCGCCUGCGCUCUCUGCACUCGACGCUCUCGUCGCUCCUCAGCUCCACGGACUCGCGCUACUCGCAGGGCCGGCUGAAGGAUACCAUGACGGAAAUGCAGGCCGUGCUGGACAAGAUGUCAAACACUUACAACCCCUUCCAGACCGACUUCGGCACCGCCAGCACACCCUCGUUCACGAGUACGGGCUACGGAGGCCCCGGCGGCAGCGGCGCAAUGCAGGACAAGAACAAGACGAAAAGGGGCUCGGACAACGAGGCGCAGAAGUUCAGGGCCGAGAUCCGCGCCCUCAAGGGUGCCUUCUUGAGCUCGAGGAAUUUCCCCACGGCGAGACCUGCCGCUCCGUUCGCCAUGCCUGGCGCUGGAAGAUCAGGUGGAUAA